CACCCCCUGUGUAAUAAAUCUACUACUACUACUAUUAGCUACAAAUUCUGCAAUAGUGUUGUCAUAGAAAACAUCACGUAAAUGUACUAACAGUUUUGAAACGUAAAGUCGCGCCAAAAGACAGUGAUGCGCUUCAAUUAGGCUUCAUUUGCAGCACCUGUGUCACUCUCAAGCCCGAAAGGAAACUUUCGACCUUCACAAUGCAGAAAGCCUUGAAGAAGUAUUUUGUAAACAUGGACGAGUAUCUGGCCAGCAUCGGGCUUUACCGAAAAAUGAUGGCUAGAGACGCGUCCUGUCUGUUUCGAGCUGUUUCUGAGCAGCUUUAUUACUCCCAGAAUUACCAUCAAAGAAUAAGGAAAGAGUGUGUCAACUUCAUUAAGGCAAACAGAUGCAACUUUGAGCCUUUUGUUCAAGGAUCUUUUGAGAAGUAUUUGGAACGUUUGGAAGAUCCCCAGGAAACCACAGGUCAAGUGGAAAUAAAAGCACUGUCUUUACUGUACAGGCGGUGCUUUGUCAUUUACAGGUAUCCAGGUAAGCCGCCAACUGAGAUUGCAGAGGAGGACAACUUGCCUAAGAUUUUGCUGUGUUGCUCAAACAAUGGCCACUAUGACAUUGUUUACCCCAGGAACUAUCCAGUGGAUGCUGCAAUAUGUCAGGCGCUUUUGUAUGAACUGUUGUACACUCGUGUGCUGGGAGUUGAGGAAGAAGAGCUGCAGAUGGCGCUGGAGGGAUUCAAAGGAGGAGGACGACGAUACCGAAACAGCCAGUCUAUGUGCAGUGAGGACGCAGGAUACGAUACCCCAGAAGACCGCCUUCAGAGAGAAGAAUGGGAGUCGAGUGGUCACAGCCGCUCGGAAGACAAAACCAAAGCUGGAGCUGAGGACCAGAAGGCCACAGAAGGGUCAGGAAAACUGGCUCUGCCGUACAAGGUACUGAAGGCCUUAGAGCCAGAGCUGUACCGCAACGUGGAGUUUGACGUGUGGCAAGACAGCCGCAAAGAGCUACAGAAGACUGAUUACAUGGUGUUUGCUGGCAGACAGUAUUUUUUAGGAGAUAAGUGUCAGGUCCGCUUGGAUCCAAAAGGGAAGUACUACAAUGCCUUCAUUCAAGAAGUAGGGACUCAGACCACUGCGGUGACCGUGUUCAUUGAGGAACUUGGGGAAAAACACCUGGUUCCCUUGACCAAUCUGAAGCCAGUGAAUCCUGUGCCAGCCUGGAACAUCACACCAAGCAGAAAAGGAAAUUCCUACAACCAUCCAGAGCAGUACCCUGGAGAAAUAGACCCAGAGCUACGUGGACGGCGACGGUACUUCAAGAAACCUCGUGGUAAGGAGAUGUUGAUGGCAGUGUCUUUCAGUCGUCCUCAACCUGGCUUACCUCCCCGUCUGCAGCCUGGGCCAGGAAACAUUUAUCCUGUCCGUUCUCCAGGGGUACACGGUCCCGCUCCACCUCCUGCAGGUCUGGCCUAUGAACACUACCGACCCCACCAUCCACCUAGACCACCACGUGGCUACGCCCCACCCAGAAGUUCGACCCGAUUCCUGAACAGGCACCAUCUUAUUGGAUCAGAUCUAGCCUAUUAUCCCAGUCCCAGCAAGCGCUGCUACCAGAGUUUUGAUAACUACUCGUUCAGGUCUCGGAGUCGUCGGCGGCAGAUGCACUCUCUGAAUAAAGAGUAUCUGAGCUGUGUUCCUGAGCCAGGAGAGGAAUCCCAAGACAUAGAGGGAAGUAUCACCUUCUAUGAAAUUGAGGAGACUGAUGAGAGUGCCUUCUCGCCAAUAUCAGGUCAAGCAGUCUCCAGCCCCAUGGUUCCAGGGGCCACUGCUUACUGGGUGCCAAGAGUUCCCAGUCCAAUUCCUCCCUCAGGCAAACAGCCCAUGACAUCUUCAGAGGAGGACCCUGAUGAGAGGAGUAAUGCUGGCGACCAAGGUGAAUACUCUGAGGAGUACAUCUACUCUGCCGCAGAGGCAGGUUAUCAGAGUCCAUCGGUGUAUGCUGCAGCAGCAGAGUCUACCACCAAUCUGACCAUUCAGGAGGGAGGUUCUCGUGCCGGGUCACCACAAGAGGGUGUCGCUACCUACAGUUACUCACAACAGGUGGUUGUGAAGUCGUCUGUCCUCUCCUCUUCUCAACCGAUCAACUCUGCCCCGGCUGCAAUCUUCACAUCAAACUCUUCCUCUUCAUCCACUGGGAGCUCCCAGACUCCCCCGAACCCACUGCAGCCCAACAACAUCUUAACGCCUGGACCGCCACCACCCCAGAAUGUUCUGGGCAGGCCUGUUCCGUGGUUUGUCAAUGAGCUGGGAGAACCAGUCGCCAUGGCGCCGCCUCCACCCUACUCUUAUGACCCCAAUGGCAGUGACCUUCCAAGAGAUUGCAAAGUUCUCCAGUACUACUAUAAUUUGGGGGUUCAGUGGUAUCAGCAGAGUUACUGGCAAUCUAUAGUGCACAUGCAGCAGGUGUAUCCGCAGCAGGUCGCAGAGGCUCAGUUCCAGCAGUACCCGAGCACCGUUCCCACUGCUGACCACACGGUCCCCCAGGCCUACCAUGAUCCUGUCCGCAUGUGCCCGCAUCCACAAGGAGACGUGGCCAGCAAUGGCACCCCUCUGGCCAUGGAAAGCCCUCCCGCGGUGGUCCCCGGCACGGUGUUCUACCCCCUGGUGCAGGAGCAGUGCGGUCAGCAGCCCCUUCACCCCUCCUAUGAUCCCUACAUGCCUGUGCUCUCCACAACAUACCACUACCUCGCGCCCUGGACUCCCGGUGCCGGCCCACACCCCCGCAUCCACCACGCCACAUACUGCCCCUCGUCCUCUCACCCCCCUGUCAACUACAUCACUACCCCCACCCAUCUGCCACACUCACAGUUUGUCUAAGUCUCAUUUACCAGUAGAAAUGUUCCUGUUUAUGUUCAGUUGUUAGUUCUGUAUUGUUUUCACAGACGAAUGGUUAUUCAGAGAUCCUGCAGUGUUACUUAGCACUUAAACUGAAAGGCAGGACGGAGUAGGUGUGCUUUUACCACCCCGCACAUUUGCUCCCCAAUCAACAUCGCUCUAAUUUAAUAAGCAUAUAUUGGAUUUUCUUUCCCUAAUUAUUUGAGGAUUUUAAAAGGUGACAUGAUUCUAAAUGUAAUUAGUUCCCUUCUCAUUUGCUUUUACAAAUGUUUGCAUGCUUCCAGAAUGUAGUCGUUUAGCAACACGCCAGGAGUUCGAGCCUUAGGAAACCAUUGUCUGUUGUUUUUCUAUGUCAAAAAAUCACUUAUUAUAGCUGCACAAAUAAA